AAAGCUCAAACAUUGACAAAAUCUCGAAUUGGAUUGAAAAAAAAAAUCGUGCGGUGGUGUCAUUCCGCCCCCGUCUCGGUGCAGAUCCGCCACGAGACAUCGUCCACUAUCAAAUGUUUGGCUUCUGCAGAUAACACCACUGACCCCAAAAUAUGGUAAAUAAUUGGGAAUUCUUUGUUCAUCGUUGCCACAAUUAACAAUGGACGCGAUACAAGUCACCAACGACGAGGUUGUCAAAGUGAGGAAAUAUUUUAAGGUGAAAGAGGACGAUAUUAAAAGGGAUGUUAGAAUAAUAAUCGAGUGGAUACGGCAACAACAGCAUUUACCGGAUAUCGACGAUGAAAAUUUCAUCGAACGGUGUUUGUUGCGGAAUAAGUUUCGAGUCGAGCAAACUAAGCAAAAACUAGACGGGUAUUGUACGCUUAGAGGGGUGCAUCUUAAUAUGUUCGAGGACUGGAAGUCCAUUAUACCCUCCAGAGAGUUGACCACAACCUUGCCCCUUCCGAAGCUGACCCCAAACCUGGAGCGCGUCAUAGUGUGGAAGCUGCGUUCGUCCGACCCCAACGACUACGACAUAAUCAGCAUUGUUAAAUACAACCUUCUCCUAUUCGAAGUGUUGAUCCGGAACGACUACGCCGUGGGCGACCGCUUCGUCGCCGACUUCACCGGCCACACGGCCGCCACCAUCGCCCGCAACAACCCCCUAAUUAUCUCAAAAUUCUUAUCACUCUACCAGGGCGCCUAUUCAGGCCGAUUCGUCGGCUGCGAUUUCAUCAACGCUCCUCCUUUUAUCAACCUUUUACUCUCAAUACUGAAAAAAUUACUUCCGUCUAAGUUGUAUGGAAGGAUCCGCAUUCACAAGGAUUUGAAAUCGUUCCAUAAAGUGGUGCCGAAAGAAUGCCUGCCGAGAGAUUACGGCGGUGAUCUUGACACCGUGGAGAACUUAAUCGUCAAGUGGGACAAAGUGUUCGAACACAACCAACCGAUUUUCGAGAAAAACCUAAGAAUGCUCUCCAACGAGAAUCUCAGGCUGGGCACCAACAAGGACAACAGUGACAUGUUCGGAGUCGCCGGAACGUUCAAAAAACUCAACCUCGACUGACUGUAUAUCUCACUAAAUCAAUCAACAAAGUGAAAA